CGCUGAGCCCCUGAAGGCAGCAUCAUAUCAGCCUGGUCAGAAAAGUUGAUUCAAGUUCAUUUCAGAAAAACAUCUCCGCCUGAAAACUACGAACUCACCUGCAGUCUGCGCCCUCUGACCUCUUGUGACCUCUGACCUCUACCAUGACGUCCACGUCCAUCACCAAGGUCGGUGGAGUGGUGAUCGUCACUCAGGUCAUCCCUCAGGAUGAAGGCGGCAUCGCUCUCCAGAGUUCUCCUCCCGCCUCCGCCGCCACCACCCCAGCCACCGCCCCAGCCAGUGCCACAGUACAGGCCCCGCCCCCAGUAAAAAAAAACACACCCACUGCCCGCCCAGCCAAGGUGGACGACAUGACAGCCAUCUUCCUGCGGGGACAGCCGAACGGCCUCGGGGUAGUUCAGAUCUUCAUCGGCCUGCUGUGUAUCCUCUUCAGUCUGACUGCCAUCUUCUCACCGUUCCUGAUGCUCCACGCUCCGUUCUGCCUCGCUGUCACUUUCAUGGUCUCCGGCUCUCUGUCCAUGGCUGCGGGGAAACGGACUUCAGCCCGACUGGUCUGGGUGUGUCUGGUGUGGAACGGGAUCAGCGUCCUGCUCGGCCUGCUGGGCGUGGCCUACGUCUGCUGGCUGCUGGCUUCUCGCUCCGUCUCUGAAGCCUUGUGUCUUUCAGUCACCCGCGAAGGCUUCAUGCCCACAGAUCAACAACUGCAUGACUGCAUCAAUAAACUGGACAUGGUGGAUAUAAGUGUGUUCGGGCCUCUCGGCCUCCUCCUGGUGCUGCUCGUCCUCCAGGUUUGUGUCACCAUCACCACCUGUGUUUUCUCCACCAGAGCCCUCAUGCGCCGCGACCACUAUGUCCCAUUCAUGGUGGAGGUCGAGGACGACAGGGCUCUGCUGUCCGGUGCAGCGUCAGGGCUCGGCAGCGACGACGCCUUGUUGGGCAGUGGAGAGGACAUAUCUACAUCUCCUCCAAACUCACCCUGAGAGAGGAGGACAAAACCUCUGAAUACCACUAAUACUGCUACAGUAACCCUCCGACAGAGUCCCAUCAUACUGUGACUCUGCUGUCGCUGUAAUCGAUAAUCAGCUGUUUCUCUCUUUUCUGCUCUUCAUUGUUUUUUUUGCUGCUGUGUCACUUUGACAGGGGUCACAAUAUUCACUAUGUUAUGCUGAAUUCUGGGACAUCUAAGGGUUAAUAUCCUAAUGUUUUGACUGUGUUUAAAUGUGGAGCAGAUGGCACAGACUCUACUUUGUGUUUAUGUCAGGAGUUGUAACUCACGCAGAGUCAGCCCUCAACAAACUGAGGUAUGACGUUUGUUCAAAUAACUGAAACUUAAUUUGUGAUAUUUUGAUGCCGAAUUCAGCAGAAGACACUAAAAGUAAAAACUGACUUGCUGAAAGAUUUUUACAGGUGAUCUGGUGUUUGUCCAGAGAUAGGAAAAAUUAAAUGGGCACAUUUUUAAAGGGAGUUUGGUGACUUUGAGCCAGUAUCUCAACGGGGCGUAUUUACAGCUGCUGUUCAGUAGCUGCUCAGAAGGUGUGUGAAUUUACAAGAGUUGAAAAUAACCUACAUGUCACUAUGCAUGUAUCUGUCAUACAUUCAUUUUUAUUACAUCAGGUGAAAAUAAAUCAAAAUAAAGCUACAGUCAGGCUGGUAAAGUCACCACUAUCAUUAUGUCUCAUCACUAAAGCAUUAGCUGCGGUACUGGGGAGAUGUCUUUAACGCACAACAUUGAUCAAACACAUUUUGACCAACAAAAACAAACGUAUAAAGGGACUUGUGUACACUUUAAUGUUGUGUUUACAUCUGAAAGGUACGGAUCCCAAACUGUGAGCACUUUACUAAAUAACCAAACCACACUAAAACAUUUUUUAUCCCAACAAACUGAAUAAAAAUCAUGUGUUGACAGUUUUAUUGUUAUCUGAUGAAAAUAUGUGAAUACUUCCCAAAACUAGAGCCACUGAGUUUGAAGAUGACGUUUGCACUGUGAGAGGCUUCUGUUUUUGUUCCUUAAGCUUUUCUCUCUGUUUACAAUGAUUUAUUCAAUAAAUUGAAGAUUUGUUUUUCA